UGCGGAGCGCGUUUCGCAGAACCGAGCUACAAGAUUUUUAGGGAAAUCUCCACAGACCAGGCAUUGUCAGCAGACAUGGCCACAGACUUUUCCAAGAACGCAGAAGAGAGGCCAGAGCCUUUACAGGCAGAAGUGAAAGGAAGUAUUCCCAGCUGGCUGCAAGGUACACUCUUGCGCAAUGGCCCUGGCAUCUUUUCUGUGGGAGACACCAGCUACGACCACUGGUUUGAUGGGAUGGCAAUCAUGCACAGCUUCGCCUUUAAAGACGGUGAAGUGACCCACAGAAGCAGAUUCCUCAGAAGUGACACCUACAAAGCAAACAUGGCUGCAAACAGAAUUGUUGUGUCUGAAAUGGGAACAAUGGCCUAUCCAGACCCAAGCAAGAACUUCAUCUUCAAGGCAAUUACCUUUCUCAACCACACAGUACCUGACUUCACAGACAAUGGUGCAAGCAAUUUCAUCAAAUAUGGGAAUGAUUAUUAUGCCACCUCUGAAACCAACUACAUCCGCAAGAUUGAUCCUGUGACCCUGGAAACCCAGGAUAAGGUGGACUACAUGAAGUACCUGCCUGUAAACCUGGUUUCAUCCCAUCCACACUACGACAAGGAGGGCAACACCUACAACAUGGGGACUUCAAUAGCAGAAAAGGGCAAGACAAAAUACAUGCUGUUCAAAGUCCCUGCUGCUGCUGCUGCUGCUUCAGAGAAAGACAAAGGCAAGGAUGUCCCUGCGCUGAAGAAUGUGGAGGUGAUCUGCACGGUUCCCUGCCGCUCCCUCCUCACGCCGAGCUACUACCACAGCUUCGGCAUGACGGAGAACUACUUCAUCUUCAUUGAGCAGCCUUUCAAACUGGACAUCCUCAAGAUGGCCACUGCAUAUAUGAGGGGAGUCAACUGGGCAAGCUGCUUGAAGUUCAGCCCCGAGGAAAAUACUCUGAUCCAUCUGAUAGACAGAAAUACUGGCAAAGAGGUAGAGACUAAGUACUACACUGGAGCAAUGGUUGUCUACCAUCACGUGAACGCUUUUGAGGACAACGGUCAUGUCAUCUUCGAUGUCAUCGCCUAUAAUGAUACCAGCCUUUAUGAAAUGUUCUACCUGAGUAAGCUGAAGGAAAAUACCACAUCACACGACGAUAGCUACUCAAAACCAGGCUAUAGGAGAUUUGCACUUCCCGUCCAGUCAGACAAGGGCACUGCAGUUGGAGAGGAUCUGAUGAAACUCAAAUACACAACAGCCAGCGCUGUGAAGGAGAAAGAAGGCAAACUAAUGUGCCAGGCAGAGGUGCUUUAUGAAGGGUUUGAAUUACCCAGAAUAAAUUAUGACUUCAAUGGCAAGAAGCACCGGUUUGUCUACGGGAGCUGUGUCGAGGAAUCUGCACUUUCAAAACAGAUUGGGAAGUUUGACACAGAAACCAAGGAAAUGGUUUACUGGAGUGAGGACAACUGCUGGCCGUCAGAGCCGGUGUUCAUCCCCAGACCGAAUGCAGAGUCAGAGGAUGAUGGUGUGGUCUUAACAUCAGUUAUCAACUCCAAUCCAGACCAGUCUAGUUUUAUUCUGGUUCUUGAUGGCAAAACAUUCAAGGAGGUAGCUCGCGCAUGUGUGAACACCACACUCCACAAGGACAUGCAUGGAUUUUUCAUCCCACAUGGAAAUUAGUCAGUGUGUAUAUGUAAAUGCCAUGGGCAAACUUCCAAAACUGUAAUUGUGUCAAAAUGAUAUGGCACAGGAAUAUGUGUGAAUGCUGUGAAAUACACUGCUGAAUCGGCUUUUAGACAGAUGUGCGAUGGGGAUUCAUGAACUUGCUGAUUUCAUGGACUACCUCAUCUCCGUUUAAGUAUAGAGAUUGUAUUAAAACAUUUUUUCUUGCUAUGUUUAUUAAAAUGAAUUUAUUGAUUUUAUGUGGAUGACAAUGUUGCCUACGCAUGUAUAUACCACUGUUUGUUAUGUAAUCCACGUUAUUCUAUUGUACUGCUAUUCUACUGCAAUGUUAUUGUACCUAAACUCAUCCUUUUCAUUAAAAAAUAAUACAUGUAAAGUUCUGAGAUGUAUUACCACUCUUUAGUUUG